AAUUUUGACAAUUCCGUCAUUUUUUUUUUAAUUUACAAAUUAAUUUGUAAUAGUUAUAGAUGGGUCGGUCUAAGAAAAAAACGAAAAAUAAUGUUAGGAAGCGCAGUUCCAAAGAGUCGAAGGAUGUGAUAAAUUUGAAGAAAUCUGGUGAUCAAAUUAUAGUUGAUAAGAAACAAUUAAUGUGCAGAAGAUAUGAAAAAUUCCACGAUAAUUUUUUAACUUAUGAUGAAAUAAAUGAAUUUUUGGUUAAAACUAAAAAGAGUAGUUGUGGAAAAGUUGAAUUGGUUGAGAUUGGAAAAUCAACCCAAGGUAGACCAAUUUUCAUGGUUAUUAUUUCCAGUGACUCGUGCAUCACCAACUCUAACGAACCCAAGAUGGGUGCCUUCAUCCAGGCUGGACUAAAUGGGGAAAAUACAGUUGCUGUGUCUAACGCACUGUACCUAAUUGACUACAUGGCAAAAAAUCCAAAUUAUGUUAAAAUAAUGGACUAUUACAUCGUGCCAUGUGCCAACCCUGAUUCCUACAACAAUUUUGUACUAAGGGAAAAUUUGAAAUUUAACAAACCGAAAAGUAAUCUCAAAAAGACCCCUAAUUGUGGUAAUGGGACUAAUAAAAAAGAAACAGGAAUAUCUGGAUCGAAAUCUAAAGCCAGUUCAGGACCAAAAUCAGAAAAGAAUGACGAGAAAAAGAUUAGCCCUCCACCAAUAAAUCUAAAUUUAAAUUUCCCGGUUUUAUUGGGCAUUAAUGACAUGAGAAACAUUGAAACGAAGGAUUUUUUAGAAAAGAUUAAGAAAUGGAAAGAAACCUAUCUCAACUCCUCCCCAGAAGUUUACUCCCUCCUAAAAACAAUCCACACCUACCAAUUUACUAUCAGACUAUUAAUAUCCCUUCAAGAAGGAGGCGAGACUAUAUGCUAUCCCUACGGAUUUUGCUCAGCUAUAGACAGACACACCUCCGACCUUAGUGACGUAGCGAAAAAGGGCAAAAGCGUCAUCUGUGGUCGAAACUUUGCCAGCGGUUCCAUCUACGACUUGCACGGAUUGACUUAUGGAAGCCUGAUCGAUUUUUUGAAAAUGGACAAGUUUCCCGGGAAGUAUGUGUACGUCAUGCAGGUUCAUAAGAGAUGUCCUCGAUACAACCCCAGGGCGGGGCUGAGGCAACUGUUGAAAUACGGAGAGCAAAUAACGAAUUGUAUAAAGAUUAUGUCGGGUUGUGUGUACAAGUUUUAUACGAAUAUGACCGGGAACAAGAAUAUCGAACUUAAUAAUAUCAAGUUUAAUAAAAAGUUUAGAUAAA